AUGCGCAAGACCGCCCUGAUCUUUCUCGCAGCAGCUGCGCAGGUGUGCGCUGGACUGACACUCACGACGCGCCAGGGAAGUCCUGCUACUCUGUACACGGGAUGCAAGGACCCGCAAACUGUUGCCAUGACCUUCGUUGAGUCGUUCGGACCCACCAUUUUCCGACUGCACACUCACUCCCAGAUGACUAGGCGGAACAUCAGCGACAUCUUCACCAGCGCCGGCGGGCACUGCACGUUCCUCCUUAACGGCGCGGACUACGCGUGCAUCUACGGCGCCACACAGGUCAACAACCUCAAAUACGCAUUCGCGGCCGGCCACCAGCUCGCUUCCCUCACGUGGUCGCAUCUGGAUCUCACGACACUGUCUGCAAACGAUCUGCGUACACAGGUAUCCAAGCUCGAUCUUGCGAUGUCGCGCAUCGUCGGUGCGAUGCCGACGUGUUUGGUUCCGCCCUUUGGGAGCUUCAACGACACUGUCCUCGCAAUCGUCGGCGAGACGAAGCCGGCAGUCGUCUUGUGGGACUACGACGGGACGAAUGGCUCUCCGUCGGAUAUCGAGGCGGGGUACGACUCCCAGGUCGCGUCCGCCAUCACUAACAUGCUUGCCCUAAACGAGGAAACUACACCAACCACUGCCUCGCAAGUCAUGCCGCACGUCGUCAACUCGUUUGUGCAGGCCGGGUACAAGCUGAUCACCGUGGCCGAGUGCAUCGGUGUGGACGCGUACUAUAACAGGACCACGCCGACGAACAGGACGGUCGACUGGCACUGUUGAUUCGGAUGGCUUUUUGUGUCAAGUCUCGAUGGCAGGUGAAAUUGGCAUGUCUUGGAAAAUGAGAUUUUGGGUCUUCAGAAUAGGUUGGCAAUAAACGUUAUAGCACAACAUCUUGGAAUGCGAAAGUGGUUCCGAUUCUACAAGCUCGAAGCAUUUUCUGUGACCGUUGUCUGAUCAUGAAGAACAGAAGUAGAUCUUGAGAGUGGAUUGAAUAUGAUUCAAAACGUGUAAAGCGCGGGCAGAGAUAGUAUUGUCUGGGCUCGGCGUCGCAU